UGCAGAUAGAGGCGUUAUCUGAGAGCCAGUGCCUAUUGUUUCAAUUUAAUCCGGGCAUGACCACUUCAGCCAAUGAACUUGCAAACUGGACAGGUCAUUUUGACCAGCACGGAUCGCUUUUAGUAUCCAGAUCGAAGUUAAGCGUUAAAAAUCGAACAAUGGCUGAUCAUUCCUUUCAAAUCGGUCACCACGAAAUUAAGACCGUGGCAUUCUGGAAGGCGGUUUCUGCGGAGAUUUUGGCCACUGCAAUACUUAUGAUAGUCCAGUGUUCCACACCUUUGAAAUGGCCGGGAAAUAACGACUCUGGUACUACGGUUCAGAUUGCUUUGGGAAUGGGUUUUGUCGUUAUGUGCUUGGCAGAAUCCGUUGGACAUAUUUCCGGGGCCCAGAUGAAUCCGGCGGUGGCUAUAGCCAUGUUUUUAGCUCAGAAAAUAUCACUUUUGAGAGCAAUAUUAUACGUGGUAGCUCAAUGCAUCGGUGCAAUUGCCGGAUCUGGACUAGUCUACGUUGUAACCUCACCAAAUGCGACGGGGAACUUCGCCACGACCACCGUGAACCCGUUACUUUCCCCCGCGCAGGGUAUGGUCGUAGAGAUGUACUUGACCUUCAUCCUCGUCUUCGUGAUCUUUGGCGCCACGGACAGUGCCCGGAAGUUGACCAUGCCCGGAAUUGCCAUUGGACUGACCGUUGCCAUGGACGUGCUCAGCGGGAUUAACCACACUGGGGCCAGUAUGAACCCAGCCCGGUCACUGGGACCUGCUGUCUACGUUAACAUAUGGACUGACCACUGGGUUUACUGGGUCGGCCCUAUCCUUGGCGGCGCACUUGCCACUUUGGUUUACCGGUAUGGGUUUAACCCUGUCAAACAAGAAGAUGAAAACUGUAAAACGGAAGUAAUUAAAGAGCAAGAAUUGCGCCAUGUUGUAGAAGAGGUGUUUGGACGAUUUCGACCCGAAGUUACUGGUGCCAGGGAAAAUGGAAACAUUUAG